GUUACCAUAGAUAUUGUACAAUCAUAAAAUAUAGAAAUAUUCUCUGUAACAUUAGAUCCAGUCUCUCCUAUCAGAAGCUCCUCUCCAAAUUUGGAUUAGAUGAGAUGAUUUUUUAUUGGACGGCAGAGCAGGCUGUGGUGUCAGGUGAUGCGGUGGCAGCCACUACUCUCUAUUUUCUCUCUGUAUAGAGAAAUCCCUGCAAUCUCAACCCGGAUGCUGUGCCAGUGCUACUACCAUCCAUAAUUUCGCCCAGUGCGCAGCGCUGUAGGCAGAGCAAGGAGGCGGAAAUAUUUCAGUACCCUUGAAGCGGACAGCUCUCCCCGGAUCCACACGCGCCUGACCACCGGGUCUCUGCAUCCCAUCCAGGAGAGCAGGAGGACCAUCACACCUAAGCUAGGGGAGGGUUAACCCACUACGUUAAAGGCAGUCACCUCCCUGCUUUUUGCAAGAUCGUGACCAACUCGCACAAGCUGUAUAGUGGAAGGGUGAGCAGGAGGGAGUAAAAAGAGGGGAGAGCAGAGCAGCAUCACUACAGAGAGAGAUGGCGGAGUGCGGGCGGAAGGCGCUGUCUCUCCUGGAAGCGGCCCGCUCCCGGUACGAGAGCCUGCAGAUAUCCGACGAUGUGUUCGGGGAGUCCGCGGACGACAGCAGCGACAAUCCUUUCUACAGCACGUCCGGAGACUCCGACUCCGAUAACUGCAUAGCAGAGACAGGCGAGGACCACCAGCAGCAGCAGCAGCAGCAGCAACAACACCAACACCACCACCACCACCAAAAACGAGGCGACAAGGAGAGCGGGCACAGCGGGGCUGGUCCCCCGGGCUCGCUGUCCCGGAGUCAGGCGGAGGAGGAGGGCUGGAUGGAGACUCUGCAGGAUGUCACGGUGCCGCCGUACAAAGAGACAUACGGCCCUGCUCAGAAGAUGCCAGCUACGGCCAAUGCCUUGGACUUCUUUCAGCUCUUCGUCCCAGACAAUUGCAUCCAAAACAUGGUCACCCAGACUAACAUGUACGCCAAGAAAUUCCAGGAGCGCUUCGGCUCGGACGAGGGCUGGCGUCCCGUCACAGCGCAGGAGAUAAAGGCCUUCCUUGGCUUUGUCAUCUCCACCAGUGUGCAGCGCUGUGAAUCGGUGCUCAGCAUCUGGAGCUCGGGCUUCUUCAGCAACAGGAGCAUCGCCUUGAAGAUGAGCCAGGCACGCUUUGAGAAGAUCCUCAAGUAUUUCCACAUUGUGGCUUUCAGGCCGUCACAAGGAAGCAACCAGGGCCUGUACAAGAUCCAGCCCUUCCUGGACUCCCUGCAGCAGUCGUUUGGCUGCACCUUCAGACCUUCACAGACACAGGUUCUUCAUGAGCCCCUAAUAGACGAGGAUCCUGUGUUCAUCACCACCUGCACGGAGAGGGAGCUGAGGAAGAGAAAGAAGAGGAAGUUCAGCCUGUGGGUUCGACAGUGCACGUCCACUGGAUUCAUCUGUCAGAUCUCAGUCCAUCUGAAGGAUGGCCAGGGCACAGACGGUCUCGCCACCUUGAAGAACAAACCUCAGCUCCACAGCCUGGUGGCCAAGCAGCUCUGCCAAAACAUCUCUGGCAGGAACACCAUCAUCUUCACUGGGCCGUCCAUCACCAGCCUCGGCCUCUUCACUGAAUUCAGCAAACAAGAUAUCUACUGCUGUGGUCUGCUGAGCACCAGGAAGAGCGACUGUACCGGCCUACCGCAAAACAUGCUGGUCUGCGGAGCCACGCCGGCGCAGCGCGGCCAAUCCCGAGUGAUGAUGCAAGGCACCAUGUCACUGAUCAGCUGGUACAACAAGGGACACUUCAGGUUCCUCACCAACAGUUACUCCCCAACAAAACAAGGUAUGAUCAUUAAAAGGAAAAGUGGGGAGAUCCCAUGUCCCCUGGCGGUCGAGGCCUUUGCGGCGCACCUCAGCUACAUCUGCAAAUAUGACGACAAGUACAGCAAGUACUUUAUCUUCCAUAAACCCAACAAGACCUGGCAGCAGGUGUUCUGGCUGAGUAUCAGCAUCGCCAUCAACAAUGCGUACAUCCUCUACAAGAUGUCUGACGCCUACACGGUUAAGCGCUACAGCCGAGCACAGUUUGGAGAAAGACUGGUCAGGGAGCUGCUGGAUUUGGACGACUGCUCCCCCACACAGUGAGGAGGAGGAUGAGGAUUACAGGAGCGCUACACACAAACACACAAACACAACCCCCCCCACACACACACACACACAUUUACACUCCUGUACAGACUCUGCACUCUGUGUCUAUGUGAUGAUACGAAAGCAGUGCCAAGCUGAUGUCUCUCUUCCUCUAGUUGUUUCUGUGGUACUGUAAAUAUUCAUUCACACUCGACUGCAAACUACACAGUAGAGAAUAAUGAGCCAUGGGACACUUCACAUGCCUCAACCUGUAACUUCUAACCACACCGAUUUACUAAGGAUUUGUCAGCAGGAGCAGAGAUGCAUCUGGAACAAUAUAAAGGAGACUAAUUCACCCUAUAAUGAUGUCAGCCUCACGUUUUAACUCCUGUCAGAGUGAAUCAUUCACAUGAGCAUGAAUCUCCCGUGUGAGAGUUCAAACAUGUACGCGUCAGGCGAAAAGCUACAUGUAGCUCGAGAUCUACACUGCAAAAAAAAAACAACACCUGCGACCCUGUAACAAAAGCUUAGUAUACCAGGACUACAGUGUGUUCACACGCUGCAUGCAUGAAGAAACCUGACUGUGAUGUUAAGUUGUUCAGUGUGAAAAUGAUUUCCGCUCAAGGUGGGUUUGAAAUCUUUUUUUUGUUUUGUUUUGUUUUUGGUGUGUGUAUGUAUUUAGCAAGUGGACCUGCAAUUUGUGAGCCUGAGGAUGUAAAUGUUCAGCUGUGCCUAGUUGGUGGCAGUGUGCCACCAACUCACAACCUCAUGGUUAAAAUAAUAGUUGGUUUGCAUUUCUAGAAGGACCUGAAAAACGUAUAUCUGAUCUUUGACUUUCUAUUAAAACAGUCAAAAGAACAGAGCAAAAGUUUAUAAAGAAAGAUGAAGGCAUGGUGUUUUUGUGUUUCAAAUACAUGGGCCAGACAUGACCAUCAAACAGGCCGGGGGCGUCUGGCACCAAGUAGUUCCUUGAGCACCUCCUCUUUUUGCAUUCUUUGUACGCAAUGGAAAUAAAGUAACGUUGGUUCAACACGUCGAUCAAAGGCUCAAA